AUGUCAUCAAGUAAUGAAUUUUUCGUUGAAUCAUUCAUAUCGAACAAGCAAUUAAAUAAUAGUUCAGUAUCCCUAGUAAUACCCAGAAUAACAAGAGAUAAGAUUCAUAACUCGAUAUAUUAUAAGGUCAAUUUAACAUCACAAUCAUUAAGAGGUAAUACUAUGGUUCAAUUGAUUCAAGUUAUAGUAAGAGAUUUCGGUAAAUUAAAAUCACAAUCACACUCACACUCAAGCGAUACAAUGGUAGUGCGGAAUCAUUUAGUCGGUGGUACUGAGUUUAAAUGUUUAUUGAUGAAGAUAAUAGAAUUGAAACCAACUAUUGAACAAAUAUGGAUAUUAUUGGAAGAUCAUGAUGAUACUGAAUUUGAUAAUAAAUACAUAACGGUAUUGAUUAUAACCUACAUACGAAUCCAAUAUUUUUUCAUUGGUAAAAAUGAUUCAUUGGCAAGAAAGUUUCAAGAUAUUUUCCAGAAAUGUCUUAAUAAUUAUACGAAAUUGAAAUGUUUCCAAUUAGAUGCUGAUUGUUGGUCACCAUCUUUAUCCUUAAGUGAAGAGAGUGUGAGAAUCAUUUAUAUGGAUGAGGUUGUUGAUUGGUUACUUACUAAGGACAAUAUAUGGGGUAUUCCGUUGGGUAAAUGUCAAUGGGUUGCAGAAAUUGGUGCUGUAGAGGAAGACAGUGAUAGUAGUAGUAGUAGUAGUAGUAGUAGUAGUAGUGAUUGA